CAAGUCAAUUCGGCCACAAUUCAUCUCGGCCACAAAUCAACUCGGCCACAAGUCAUUUACUGGUAGGCCCUCAGUAAAAAUAGCAGUAAUGAAUUAUUGGCUGGUGCUGAAGAACACUCUCUGUAUACUGACAUUGUUUUUGUCUGAUAUUGUUGAUUCACUGACUGAUGAGUGCAACGGAAGAUGUGACGAUAAGCAUUACUGUCACGAGAACACUCAAGUUUGCGAACCUUGUGGUCUUUUCUGUGACCUGAAAAGUAAUUUUGCCAACCCGGAUGACUGUCAGUCUCAUUGCCCAUAUGUAAUUUACGGAACUAAUGAAACAAGGGACUGUCCAAAAAUGUGCCCACAAGGUUACUAUUGUGAAAAGUUUCUCCAAACAUGUGAAAGCUGCGAGGUUCUGUGUGAUCCAGAUAAACAAAUUUAUACACAGAAAUGCCCUGAAAGCUGUACCUCUGUUGAGUCAGUCAUGCCUUCACAAGAGAUUGGUUUAACCAAAACAGACAGUAAAACCACCACUCUGGAAAAUAAUAAAAAAAAACAGGUUAAAAACAAAAACAGAGAUAUCAUAAUUGUGUCAGUUUGUGUUGGAUUUCCCUGUGCAGUUGGUAUAAUAUGUCUUAUAAUUCAUCUGCUUAAAAAACGUAGAAGGGCAACGAAGUGUCCAGAGCAAGAAACUACUCGACAAGCAGAAUCAGAGCUACAGAAAAUGGUGAUCAAUGGCGGCACCCGUGUCUGAGAUCUGGGGGGUAAGGGGCAAGGUUAAAUUUUAGGGGGGAAAUAUGUUUCCAUAUCAGACCGUACAUUACACUAGAAAUUUGUUUUUCCUUUGACUACAUGAAACAUCAGAUAUUCACAUAAAAAACACAGUACGGUGUAAUAGACACUGAAAAUUCACUUCAAUUUCAAAUAAGUAUUAAAAGGAUAAUUAAAAAUGGCCAUUACUUAAAAUAACUGUAAUAUGAAACUCUGGGUUAUCAUAUUGGUAUGAUUAAAAUAAUAGUCUACAAUAUAAGAUUGAGAUUUGGUGUUAAAGUGUGUUAAAUAGAGAAGUGGGCCAAGCUA